UGGAAAUGGAAGAAGAGAGUUCAGUGAAACUGAUUUCGAUAUCCGACCUACUCCACCGUCUCCGCCCUGUCACCGGCGCGUCGUCACUCUUGCCUAGCCAUUCAAUUCGUCGUCCGACUCUAUACAAAGAGAAACCUCAGCCGUCUGAUCCACAAAACCCUAAUAUCCAUAAAAUCCUUAAACCUCUUAACUACCCAACAGUACUCGUCGGAACCCUAAACCUAACCUUAUCGUCUUCAUCCUGUUCUAAUUCAAGUUGCCUCCAUUUCUCAGACCAUUCUGCCGCUGUUUGUUGCGACAUUCUCGACCUUGAUCUUCGGGUUAUUGGCCAAAGAAUCAGAGUCACUGCCUGGAAUUUCCUUCCUCUGAAGCCUCACGGCGGAUAUCUAGAAAUUAUCAGGUGGAGCCUCGAUCAGUCUGAAGAAAAUUCCAUAUCCAAAUUUAACGCAUUCUAUCUGAACUCUGUAGUUCCUGCGUAUGAAGAAACUAUAGUUCCUCGUCACUUAAUCUACGGGUUACUGGAAUCCGUUAGCCCUGUCUCAAAUGUCCCCUGCACAGCCCAUAAAACCGGUACCAGAAACAUUAACGGUUUUCUAGCUGAGAUUACCAUCUGUGAGUGCGCAUUGUGUUGUUCCAGAGACAAGGUUGGUGGGAGGCAUUAUGCUUAUCUCCGGCAUGAAGAAGAAGAUGGUUUUCCUUGGAGAAGGGAAGUCUUUGAUGAUGUAUGUGACCACAGAGAAAGCCAUCCUCCAUCUUCCAGUCUCUAAGAGUAAAAGGGCCAUGAAUGGAAGAAAUAUUGCAACCAGAGAGAAAGGGCUAUGCAGUGUCCAUACAGGAAGUAUUACUGGGCUCUACAUGCAGGGAAUGGUUAUAGAAUUGGAUCAAAAAGUGUUGUUGUUGCUUAUGGACCAUCCACUCUUGAUGCCACAUGGUUUAAGAGUUGGUGCAACUAUAACAGUGAGGAAUUUUCAUCUGGAGGAUCCCAAAUUUUCUUGGACAAAAGUAAAAGUAUUUGGAUCAUGCUACAAGACUAGCAUCCGUGUCAAUAUAUUUUCUCCAAUUGAAAACGGAUGCUACCAAUCUUUACAAUCUCGUAGCCUUCUUAGGAAGUUCAUUGAAUCACUUUCAUUUUCUGCUAGAUUAUGGGUUCUGCUUGUUGUCUCAUCUUUGAAGAAAAAGUUUUCUGGGAUUUUAUCUGAGAUGGAGAUCUUAGGAUCUAAACAUAUGGAAGGAUUAGUUCAGAAAUAUUCCAGUUCAUGUUUACCUUUAUCAGUAUUCCGAUUUCGGCAUGGAGUUCUCACAGAAUAUUGUCAGCAUGAGUUAUACGGAUGUGGCAAAGAAAUCGAUUACACCCCUCCAAAAUUGGUUGUGCCAAUUUCCAAUCUCAUAAGUCAAUGUGAGGACAUAUUCAUAAAAGAAUUAUAUCAAAGUGGGAAAGAUUCUGAUAUGAUUAAUCAAUCUAACAAUCUAGUUUGUGGAGGGAAAUCUCAUGAUCAACCAAUUAGAACAAUCUUGAAAAGUGAAGAUUUGAACAUUGUUUUGCUUGGAUCUUUAAAGAUUUCUGAAUAUUCUAGAAGGUUGCAGUUAGUUGAUGCAACAGGCAGUAUUGACAUAGUCAUACCUGAUCUUUCAUCUGAUUGGAGCAUUAAAGACAUAUAUGAGAUAAAUGACUUCAGUGUUGUCAUUGAAGGAUUCCCAAGACAAAUACAUCAUUUACAAUCACUCAACAAUGAUCCAUUUUCAUGCAAAAACAUCUUCAACCAUUUUCAAUUAUCAAGGAGAAAACAAUUUACAAUUUAUAUUUAUUGCUAUAUAAGAGACACAAAAUCAAGAAAUCAUAUUUUAUGUCCUAGAAUGGAUAAGGAGAAGUAUAAAGAGCUAGAAAGUGGAAACUUUCACUUACUUUAUUUAAUGCACAAAUUUCCUCUACAACAAAAGUUUGCAGGUGAUGAUGUUGCUACAAAUAAUUUAAGUGUAUAUGUUGAGGCCAUAGCUUUUCCAUGGAAUUUGGUUCUUUGUAAAAGAGAAAGAGAUUCAGAAUCUGUUAACAUGUUAAAUGGCAGAGUUGUAAAUAUGCAUAUGCAGGAAGAUUCUUUUUGUAAAAGAGCUGCAAGGAAGUUGCUUUUGGAGUUCAAAUCUGAUAGUUUCUCAAAGUAUGAGUUAUUGAGAAUUGGUGGGUAUUAUUUGGUAAAGCAUGAUGAGAAAGAUGUUGUAUGCAACUCUUCAAAGGAGUGUAGUAGCUUUGUGAACACUAAAUCACAUUUUUGGACUAGUGUUUCUUUUUGUAAUGAUGAUGAGGCUUCAUUCCAUAACUUAAAUGAGAUUGAGAUAUGUCCAGAUAUUUAUGCGAAUGUGUCAGUGACUUUGAGGUCAAACUCAAACAACUCAAACAAGAUCUUAUUCUCCCAACUAAAUCAAUCAAACAAGUAUUCAACACUUGUUUGAUUCCUUUGGUGUCUGGUGUGAAUUUGCCCAAAGGGGAUUUAUUAUCUUUCCAAGGACUUGUGUUAGGUGUUCAUACUCAUCAACUUUUUCAUCAUCGUAUCUUUCAUGGAGUCUCAAGUAGUAGUAUCUGUAUUCAUGUAUUAAUCGACAAUAACAUGGUGAAGGUUUAUAGUAGCUUAAGUCAACAAAGUUAUCCAAUUGGAUUUGGACGAGGUGUUAAAGCUAAGUUUUAUCGUGUUCUUUUGACAUCUGAAGGAAAUGUGCUUAAGUUGACACCUGCAUCUUUCAUUGAAAUCAACUCCAUCACCACUGAAGAUGACCUAAAUAGCAAUAAUGACUCAAAUGACACAUCACCACAUAUGGACACCACUUCCUCAUCUACAAAUUCACCUCCUGCAACUUUAAUUUCUGAAAUGAUUCACUUCUCACACCAUAAACAAAUCCUCCGAAUCCAUUGCAAAGUUGUAGCAAUUCAUGUAUUGGUAUUGGAAAAGAACAACGAGCUUCUACACUCAAAUGUCAAGAAAUUCCCACUUGCUGGUUUCUUAAUCGAUGAUGGAUCAUCAACAUGUUGUUGCUGGAGUGAUAAUGAAAGCGUGAUUACUUCUCUUUUGGGAUUGACAUUAAAACAUUCAAGAACAAGUUUAAUGAAGAUUUUAGAUGCACAUGAUCCGAUUGUAGUGAAGAACUACGGAUGUUUCUCUGAUUAUUCUUGUGUGGAUGUUAAAGUUUCGGGCAGUCUUAAGGAGUCAGAUGAGCAGUUUCUCAAGUCCAUACUACUCCACGCUUGCUCCACCAACACUUGGAAUGUUGUGGGGAGUAUGCUGGAUUUGAAAGGCGUGAAUGAUUUGGAGGAAAGGUUAAGGAAAUUGGACUUGGUGAUGCUCCCACUCCAACAUAUAUGGGUUUCUCAUGUUUCUCAUUUGGAUACUUUGAGUGAAGGAAGAAGCAUUCUUCAACAACUCUUGAAUCUUUGAACUUUGGUUGCUUGUAACUUCUGUCAGGAUACAAUAUGUUGUACUGUGUUUCACAUGCAUUGGACUGACAAUGACAGUGAAUAAGGGAGAGGCCUUUACCAAUAUAGCAUUUUCUUUUUUGUAAAAGUUGUGAAGGAAAAAAAUUGGCGAUUCUUUAUAGGCUAAGAUCGCUAUACGUAUAUUAAAUUCAAGUUAAUAUGUAUAUGCAUCAUGAAUUGUUUGUUUUUGCAAUGUUGUUCGUUAC